AUCAGAGUCCAAAGAGUGUUCAAUCAUUGAAACUAACUCCGACACACAUUGUUUUCUCUUCUCCUCUCUUCCGGGGUUUCUAAAAUCUUUAUAGGGUUUUUGAAUAAUCUUUACUCUCCUUUUUUACUUCUUGAUCCUCAUAAAGUCUGCUUGUUUUUCUAGUUUUUUCCUUUGUUUGUUUUAUGUUCUUGUUACUGUGUUCAAUGAUCUUUGCUUUUUAGCUUUAUUGUUACUUCAUCUCUAUUUUUGUUGUUUUAAGGUUGUAUAUUUAUGGGGUUUUGUUGAACAGAAGAAGAGUUAGCUAGCCGCAGGUUGCUUCAUAUUCUAAUUUUGGAAAAGUGUUUGUUGUUUGUUUUUGUGUCAACAUUUUUUUAUUUGGGUGAGUUGGAGUUACUUUUAUUAGCUUCUGAAUGUUCAUUUCAACUGAGGAAGAGCAGAUCUCUUUGCAUUCAGAGGAUGCAAAAGGGUCAUUGAACUUGAAGUCAUCUCCAAUGGGAUCAAACCCUGAUUCCCUUGAUGCGUUGCCACCUAUUUCUGAUUUGUCUGAUUCUUUACCACCGCUUCCUUCCAUUUAUACUGAUGUCAAUGUUGUUCCUGAACAUCAAAAGACCGAGCUUGAACAAUCGAUAUCCAAUCUUGAAGGAGAACUUGCGCAAUUAAGGUUGAAGAAGAGGUCCUUGGAUGAGAAGAGAAGAGAAGCACUGAACAAGAUUUUAGAUAUUAAAGGUAGUAUUAGAGUAUUUUGUCGAGUAAAAUCAUUCCGGUUCAUGGACAGAAGAAUCCGUGAACCUAUAUUGAUUGGGUUGGAGAAGAUUGCUGUUAGAUCAGCUGGAAGCAAGAAAGAAUUCGGCUUCGAUAAGGUGUUUAAUCAAGAAGCUAGUCAAGAGGAUGUUUUUGUUGAGGUUGAACCCAUUCUUAGAUCUGCACUUGAUGGGCACAAUGUGUGUGUUUUGGCUUAUGGCCAGACUGGUACUGGCAAGACAUUUACAAUGGAUGGCACAGGUGACCAGCCUGGAAUUGUUCCUCGAGCUCUGGAAGAGCUUUUUCGUCAAGCCUCUUUGGAUAAUUCAACUUCUGUAAGUUUUUCGAUGAGCAUGUUGGAGGUUUACAUGGGUAACCUGAGAGAUCUACUAGCUCCAAAACCAGUAUGUAAAGCAUAUGAAGCUGUUACAAAAUGCAAUCUCAACAUUCAAACAGAUUCAAAGGGAAUGGUAGAAGUUGAGGGCCUGACAGAGGUGCUAAUCCCAGAUUUUGAAAAGGCCCGAUGUUGGUACAACAAGGGAAGGCGGGUUAGAUCAACUUCUUGGACUAAUGUUAACGAGGCAUCCAGCAGGUCACACUGCUUAACAAGGAUCACCAUUUUCCGCCAUGGGGAUACUUUGAAUGCUAAACGAGAAGUAAGCAAAAUUUGGUUGGUUGAUCUUGGAGGCAGUGAGCGAGUACUGAAAACAGGAGCCACAGGUCAAACACUUGAUGAGGGAAGGGCCAUAAAUCUCUCUCUUUCUGCACUGGCUGAUGUUAUUGCAGCUUUAAGAAGGAAGAGAGGCCAUGUACCUUUCCGAAAUAGCAAGUUAACUCAGAUCCUCAAAGACUCUCUCGGUGAUGGUUCAAAGGUGUUGAUGGUAGUUCAUGUAAGCCCUUGUGAAGAAGAUGUGGGUGAGACAAUUUGCUCUUUGAACUUUGCAAAGCGAGCAAGAGGGAUAGAGUCCAAUAGAGAGCUACCAGAGGACUUGAAAAAGCAGAGGGAGAAAAAAAUGGCACAGCUUGAGGAGGAGAUGCGAGAAGCCGAUGUUGAGUGUCAGAAAGUCAGGAAUCAAAAGCAAGAGGUUGAGUUCCUAUUAAGUGAAAAGAAAAAGCUUCUCUCAACCACUUAUCAGCCUAUCAAAGCUGAAGAAAUGAUCCCUUCAAGUCCUAAAGAAAAUCUUAAAGAAGCAGUUGCAACCCCUAAAGUAUCCGAUAAAAUAAUCAGAAGAAAUACAGGCAAUUCUCUCCCUCGGUUCAUGAUUUCCACCGUAGCAAGUCGUCAAAGGCAAAGUGCUGCAGAAAGAGACAUUGGUACAAAGUCAAAAAGUUUGAGAACUGGGUCUAAAAGUUCAGCACUAUUCUCAGGUUCUCAAUCCCUUAGCUUCAUAGAUUCUCGAUUAAAAGUAAUCUUACAAAGUUCAAACAAAAAACCAAGAUAUUCAGAAGCAAAUGGUCACACCACAGAGAGUCCGAGAAGUGUAGUCUUGGAUUCAAAGACAACUUCCAUGCCUCGAAGCAAGAUGGUCACUUCUUCAGAUCCAAACUUAAGAGUUAAACUCAGUUACCACCGAAGAAGGAUGUCUGAUUUUAUCUAAUGGCAAAAUGAUUUUGUUUGGCAAGACUGAUAAAAUAUGGUAUAUUCCUAAAUGUGUGGUGUUAGUUUCCGUUGUCUUUUAUAUUUUCUUUUCUUGUUUUCAUUUGGUGGGGGAUUGAUUGUUCAUGUUUUGAUAUGGUGGAGUUUUAGGGAGUUUAUAUACAAGCGUGUGAUGAUAUAUGAUAGAGGGUGAUUUUCUUAGGCUUGGUGGGAUCUGUAAAUUAUGGUUUUGGUUCGUUUACAUGAUCCCAUUAGAAAAAAGAAGGAAGGAAGGUUUGUUUAGGUAAAAAAUUGUGACUGUUAACUCUUCAUUAACAUGUUGCAGUAAGUUGUAAUUGCCAAAUGAUGCUUGGAAUCAUUAGUAAUAGCACUUUUUAAGAUUUCA